CCCAAGCCCAUCCCCCAACCGUCGUGACGCGUUUCGUCGAUCCACAACAACCACCUUAAAUGAUUAAUUGAUAUUUGUAAAUAAAACGAUUUAUAUCAAAAAGAAAGAAGAUUAUGUAAUCAAAACGAUUUAAACUGAAAUUAUUGUGGUGGGAUUUGAUUAUUUAAAUAAAGUAAAAGGACUGAGGAAAAUUUGGAGGGAAAUGAUUCUGGUGGAACUUAUAAAACGAGGUGAUUGAUUUCGCCUUCAAUAGUAUUAUGUAGAAAAUAGAUAAACAAAGUAUUGCUACUUGACUCGGUUUAAUUAUAUUGGAUAAAAUGAUUUUCACUUAUUUGUACCUCAUCGUUCUCAUUAACAUUGUAAAAGGAGAUGAUAAAAAUUGGGCUUCGCAAUUAGUCCAAGAUGCCAUUAAAGAUUUCAAUGAUAAAACCAGUAAAAGUGGAGACGAGCUUUAUAAAUAUUAUUACACAUCCCAAUCAAGACCAAUCUACGAUGCCCUCGAUAACUUUGAAAUCGAUGACAAUUACGAUUUUAUCAUCAUAGGAUCAGGUUCUGGGGGUUCAGUUUUAGCAAACCGCCUCUCGGAGAUUCCAGAGUGGAAAAUUCUUCUUUUAGAAAUCGGCCCGGAACCCACCGGGUUAACCGACGUCCCUGGAUUUGGAACUUACUUUUUAUUCACCGAUUAUAACUGGGGUUAUCUAAUGGAAAAACAACCCAAUAUGUCACUCGGUUUGGCGGAUCAACGAAUGCAUUGGCCCCAUGGCCGAGUUUUAGGCGGCACCACCUUAAUUAAUUACAUGAUCCACAUCCGCGGUAACCACCAAGAUUACGAUAGAUGGGCAGCCGCUGGAAAUCCAGGUUGGAGCUACAACGACGUUUUACCCUAUUUUAAAAAAUCAGAAGAUUACCAAGUCACUUAUCAAGACGAAAAUUACCACAGUUUUGGGGGAAAUUUAGGAGUACAAGAUGUCCCGUUUCGCACGGAAGCUGCUGGUGCCUUUACAAGGGCCUUGCAAGAAUAUGGGUACGAUUAUGUUGAUUAUAACGGAGAGCGCCAAAUGGGGGUUUCCUACGUCCAUGCCACCUUAAGAAGAGGAAGUCGGAGUAGCGCGUGGCGAUCUUUUAUUGAAACUUGCAGGAAACGACCGAAUUUAAGGAUUAUAACCGGUGCAAAAGUAACAAAAAUCUUGAUUAAUCCCUACACGAAAACAGCGUACGGAGUUAAAUUCGUUAAGGCGAAAAAAACGUAUAAAGUGAACGCAAAAAAAGAAGUAUUAUUAAGCGCGGGGGCUUUAAGUUCACCUCAAAUUUUGAUGUUAUCGGGGAUUGGGCCGCGGGGUCAUCUUCACCAACUUGGAAUACCUUUAAUUCAGGAUUUGCCGGUUGGGGAGCGUCUUUAUGAUCAUUUAACUUAUCUUGGGUUGGUUAUAACUGUGAACGAAUCGAUCGUGAUCCAAUCGAGUCAAAUGAGUGAUCCGAAAGCUUUCGUAGAAUAUAACCUAAAAGGAACGGGGCCUUUAACGUCAAUCGGUGGAGUUGAAGCUUUGGCAUUUAUUAGAACCCCGGAAUCAAGGGAUCCGGAUCCAACGUUUUCGGAUAUGGAGUUAAUUUUUAUUGGAGCUGGGUUACAUUCGGAUCGCGGGACCUUUUUUCGCCGAUCGUUCCGAGUUUCCGAUGAAUCCUACAACGCUAUUUGGCGCCCGAUUGAGGGAAAGUACGCGUUUUCAAUAUGGCCGAUGUUGUUUCAUCCGUUAUCGUCCGGUUUUAUUCGGUUACGAUCGAAAAAUCCUUGGCAUUAUCCACUAUUUUAUGGAAAUUAUUUCACCGACCCCGAAAAUGCCGAUAUCAAAACUUUCAUUGCUUCGAUUCGCGAGGUGCAAAAGCUACUUUAUAUGCCAGCUUUUCAACGAUAUGACGCUAAAUUGGUUGAGAAUAUCGUCCCGGGUUGUGAGGGGUACCACUAUGACUCCGAUUCUUAUUGGGAGUGUGCUUUGAGACAUUUAUCGGUGACGUUACAUCAUCAGAUCUCAACGUGCAGAAUGGGACCUCCAACCGAUUCCGGGGCAGUUGUUGAUAACCAAUUAAGAGUUUAUGGUGUUAAUAAAUUGAGGGUCGUUGAUACGAGUAUUAUCCCGAUGCCGUUGACGGCCCACACAAACAUUCCUACUUAUAUGAUUGGGGAGAAAGCCUCGGAUAUGAUCAAAAAAGAUUGGUUAAAUCAAAACGUUUCGUUUUAGAAACUUUAUAACCUUGUUAUGUUAUCUUAUUUUUUUACAUCAAUAAAGUUCCAUUUUUAUGACG